CCCUCGCGGCGCGGCGCGCUGGAGGCGAAGGCAGGCUGAGCCGAGCGCAGUGGCCGCCGACCACCGAGCGCCCCGCGCCGCUCCCUGCAUGUGCGGCCCUCGGCGGCUCGCAGUCCCCCGCAGCAGCCUCGGCAGCUUCGGCCGCGCCUCGAGAGGCGGCUGCAGCGGCUCCAGCAGCGGCCGAGCGGUCGAGCCUGGGCUGGGAGACAGGAUGCGCCGCGUCCUCCGGCUGCUCCUCGGCUGCUUCCUCACCGAGCUGUGCGCCCGCGUGUGCCGGGCGCAGGAGCGAACCGGGCACGGGCAGCUGGCGCAACUGGGCGGCGUGUUGGUGCUCACGGGGGUUAAUCGCUCCGGGGCCGCCUCUGGAGAGGCCGGCGAGGGCGCCGGGGUCUCGGACGCGCCCCCGACUCGGGCGCCCACGCCGGACUUCUGUCGGGGCUACUUCGAUGUUAUGGGCCAGUGGGACCCGCCGUUCAACUGCAGCUCGGGCGACUUCAUCUUCUGCUGCGGGACUUGUGGCUUCCGGUUCUGCUGCACAUUUAAGAAGAGGCGACUGAACCAAAGCACCUGCACCAACUACGACACGCCACUCUGGCUCAACACCGGCAAGCCCCCUGCGCGCAAGGACGACCCCCUGCACGACCCCACCAAGGACAAGACCAACCUGAUCGUCUACAUCAUCUGCGGGGUGGUGGCUGUCAUGGUGCUCGUGGGUAUCUUCACCAAGCUGGGGCUGGAGAAAGCGCACCGGCCCCAAAGGGAGCACAUGUCCAGGGCACUUGCAGACGUCAUGAGGCCACAGGGCCACUGCAACACUGAUCACAUGGAGAGAGACCUUAACAUUGUUGUUCACGUCCAGCACUAUGAGAACAUGGACACAAGAGCCCCCAUAAACAAUCUGCAUACCACCCAGAUGAACAAUGCAGUACCCACCUCUCCUUUGCUCCAGCAGAUGGGCCAUCCACAUUCAUAUCCCAACCUGGGUCAGAUCUCCAACCCCUAUGAACAGCAGCCACCAGGCAAAGAGCUCAACAAAUAUGCCUCCUUGAAGGCAGUCGGAAAUUCUGAUGGUGACUGGACAGUGGCGACACUUAAGUCACCAAAAGCUGACAAGGUCAAUGAUGACUUCUACUCCAAGCGAAGACACUUGGCCGAGCUGGCUGCCAAGGGGAACCUACCUCUUCACCCAGUAAGAGUGGAGGAUGAGCCCCGGGCCUUCAGCCCUGAGCAUGGGCCUGCCAAGCAGAAUGGACAGAAGUCCCGCACCAACAAGAUGCCCCAACAUCCCCUGGCCUACAACUCCACCACCAACUUUAAGGGCUGGGACCCCAAUGAGCAGUCCCUCCGGCGGCAGGCUUAUGGCAACAAGGGCAAGCUGGGUGCAGCAGAGUCGGGCUCCAGCGACCCCUUGGGAACUCGCUCCCAACAUUACCCAUCCACACAGCCAUACUUCAUCACCAACAGCAAAACAGAAGUGACUGUUUGAGCUGUCACUGCAGGGAGCACCCUGGAGACCACACUCAACUGAGAGAGGCAAAAAACAUCCUGGCCCACACCUUCCCCCCCGGCCCCCCAACACCCACACUCACUCUCAACAGGAACCAACUAGGGAUCUACUGGUGAUUCAGAAUCACGCUUUUCCUGGGUCAUGCCUAACACACGUCAGGCGGGGGCAGCACUGAAGCAUGGACGUUCAGCAAUACAGCGAAGGGGAAGCUGAGGCAGUCUUUCAGCUUCAGGCACACGGUGGCCAACUCACAGACCCAAACCAUGGGGCUAAUUUUUUUUUUCUCCUAACUUGAAACUGAAAUCCAUGAUGAAAAAAAAAUAUUCAAGUAGCACAAUUUAGAGAAAUUGUCCAUUGGAGCACAUAUACCAUUUGCUAAGUGCUGUCUGUUUCUGGGUGAAGAGGGGUACAGAAAGAAGGACACACAAGGGUGCACUUGAAAGAGGAGUUAUCUUGGAAGAAAAAUGCCCUUAUUCUAGGCAUUUUCUAAUCCCAGGAAGUGAUGUGGACGCAAAAUGGUGACAACCGUGGAACAGAAACUGGACCGCAACCAUUGUAUCAAUAGUACUUUUCAUAUCAUCAAUGUUGAAAGCAAAAAAACCACACACACUCAAACUCAUAAAAAAUAAUAGACCCUGAACCCACCGACAGUGAUGAGAAAGAGUGUUUAGAGAACUCCACAGAGACCAUGACUAUGGAAAUGGGAGGGAGAGGCUUACGGCAAGGAGAGGAUCCAGAGAGAAUACUAAAUAACUUUUGAAAGGGACAAAUAAAAUAUGGGCGCACUGCAAAACAGACAAGAACAGCAGAUUAAUUUUUGUCCCAAAUCUUCAAAGCUUGGGAAAUCAAAAUGAUAUCAAUGACAGCAAAACCUACUGUUGGGAAAGUCAGCAGAGAUGAGAUGAGGACCCAGAAGAUUCUGAUUUCUGGUGUUUCCCUCACCUCCAAGGCCUGAAACAGCCACAGAAACAAGUCCUGUACUAACUGUCUAUCUCUGACUUCCCAUCCCCUCCAGCGUGUUCCUGCAGCCGCUGCCAAACUUCAACUGCUUUGGACUGAAAAUGUUAUAAGCGUGGGUGGUGCCUUCAAUGUGUCGCUGUUGUUUGAUGACAGUCUUGUUUCUCAAGUGCAACCUGUGUUCUUUUAGCCUUCCUCCUUCCUGUCUUUCUGCAGUAGUAAAAACUGUUUCCAUUCUUCCUUCGUAGGUGAGCCCAGCCCGUAACACCUCUGAGGGGGCAGCUGCAAUGUCAGCGGUACCUAAGGACACUCCUGCUAUCCCCACAGUCCCUUUGAGUCACCUCCCCAGAUACCCUGUGCCUUCAUCACUCACCCAGAAUUUCCUGAUGUCUUUUAGAUUGGUUUUUAUAACCAGUAGCCCUGGGGUAGCCCAACAGAAGCAAUUUUCCUAAAAGUCCUGUUUGUUUAGUGCAUGGGGGGAGAAAAAAAUAUACAAAGUAUGACGUUUCCAACUAGCCCUGAACAUCUUAGAUAAUUAGUAGGAACUCCAAACAACCCACAGUUCCUUUGGUGUCAGAAACUGCAAAAGAUCUGAUCAAAGAACAGAGCAUUUCUUGCAACAUUCUGCCUCCAAUCUCUCCACUCUGGCAUCAUGGAAUCAGCACAAACUGGAUAUUUAUUCUCUCCCUCACUCCCCGCAGAUAUGGAGACACUGACAAUGCCUUUGAUCUCCCUGGGCCUUAGUUUUCCCGUAUGAAGCCUGGGGAAUUGGGGCUAGGUCAAGCUUUUCAAGCUUUUUGAAAUAUCAAAGCCUCUGCUUAUUUUUAAAUUGAAAUCUUGCAAAUAAUUUGCUAUGUAAGGUUUCCAUGUAUAAAGAAGUGUCGUCCAAGAUACAGCAGGGGUCAGAGACCCCUUCAUGCUGAGGCCAUAGCACUCCCCAAAGGGGAGUCAACAGAGCUGGGCAUGGUCAGUAUUUCUUUGACACCAAUUAGCUACAGACCUGCAACAUAUAUAGGCAUCUGUAUAUCGUCAUCACAAUAUUUGUAUCUAAAUUGGUUCAUUUUUAAAUUUUAUUAUUUUUAGAACAACUUCCUACCUUCAUCACAAAUAGAAAACCAGUAUUAUUUACUGUAAAUAGAUAGAAUUAGCACAAAGACAAGGCAGCAGUGAUUAAAUUCUAGCUAAGUACUGGUACCUGUGAAAAGGUUCACACCCUAAAGUCUGGUACAAGCUUGCUCUAUUAAAAAGAAAUUAGGAGGUGUUAUACUGUUCAAAAUACCAGUACCCAAUGGAGGCUUUCCUUGGAUUAAUCAGAUGAACUGAAAGGUAAAUGAAAAAGGAAGCUUCCUUCAAGUGAAUCAGUGUUAAAUAGUGUUACAUCCAUUGUACUCUACCUACCAUCAUUUUGCAUAAACUAGUGGUACACAGCCCGCACUUCAGGAAAUACUGGGUUUAUCUGUGAGGCUCCCUCCAGCUCAAAGGUUCUAUGAUUCUUGUCUCCUUCCUAGCUUACCUUUGGCCUUUGCUCUCCAUCCACUUUAUCUCACCCUUCCUUAACUCUGACUAAGGGUUUUUCUUGGUCCCUGGAUCUGUGGUGUUUUACUUUUCCCUCAUGCUCCUCCUUUUUGGAGUAAACUCCAUCCAGUGAACUUGGAUCCUUGGAAUGGGUAGAUCUAAUUUUGUCAGCGAAGAGGUAGCCUAGCCUGUUACAGAAGAUGUAGCCAUGAGGGAAUCCCAGGAAGAAUAAGUACCUCCUGAGUGGUACUGUCCAAGAAGGACAUCUCAAGAAGUACUUCCAUCUCAGCACUGUCCACAAAGAAGAUGGCUUAGGGAGAUGAAUCGAGGAGGAAAGUUUGGACAGGGAAGACCUGUUUAUCCUUUGACUUCCUUUGGAAGUGGAGACAGACCUCAUGAUACUGACAGAGAGGGCAAUCUAUGGAACUGUGCAUAACUGCCCUUACCAAGGCAAGGAUCCCAUAGCUAAGGUGAGGAGACUUAGAAAAGAAAAACCAGAUCAAAGCAGAGACUGCCCUCCUCAUUCCACGCCCUGGUACUAGGCUCUUCUUCCCUUUGGCUGUCCCCUGAUUUCCAACCCAGGGGGACCAGUCUAGUUUCCCUUUGCCUUCCCAGAGUGUCUCAGCCUCCAUUUGCCUUGGGCUCUGCCUGGCAUCCCCAUCUAAUUCCUCCAGUUUUUUUUGUGUAAAUGGAGCAUAUUUUAUGUGCAAAUAUUUUAGUAACCGUAUGUUCUGCAAGUAAACCUGUGUUAAUACUUGUCACAACUGCAGAGUUUAUGAUACCAAUAAUACUUCCUACAAUGAAGAAAAAAACAUUUGUUUGUUUUCUAAGAAUGUUUAUUUGUAAACAUAUGUAUUCACUAUAUUAAUAUGAAUUUCUUACCUGGCAAUAAAACUGAUUAUAUGUGACUCUGA